GACUGGGAGGGGUGGCCUUGUGUGCAAAUGAGGUCUGAAGCCUUCCUGUCUGCUUGCUCAGGCUUGUGUUGUAGCUCGCAACAGCCUGGUAUACAAACUAUAUCCUGUAUCUGUUAAUCAAUGUUAGAGAGUUUGUUUUAAAAGAAAAGUUGGUGGUGUUAAGAUCUUUCACGUACAGAACGUUAUAGGUGGCAUCUGAGAAGUACGAAAAUGGCUGAACAUGAUACACAACCCCAAGGCUCCAGUAAGCUUAAUCAAGUGCAGGACCAGGUAAAUGAUGUCAAAGUUAUACUCAAAGACAACAUAAACAAAGUGUUGGAGAGGGAAGAGAGACUGGAUGACCUAAUCGGGAAAACACAUGAUCUGCAGGCCACUGCCGACUCAUUUCAAAGGACUUCUGCAAAGGUUUCCAGAAAGUACUGGUGGAAAAACAUUAAAAUGAUGAUUAUAAUCGGAGUGAUUGUGUUCAUAAUUGUUUUGCUCAUCAUUCUUCUGGCAACUGGAGUCAUUCCCACAUAAUAUGGGCACUUCUUUAUUGUUUUCAUAUCAAAUGUAAUUAAGUGGAAAAUAGACUAUGACCUAUAUUUAUGCUGUUUUUGUCUGAUAACUACUUUGGGAGAUAACACAUUAAAUGAAAUGUCAUGUAAAUAUAAUGCAUAAAGUUUACUGUGUAAAAAUUUAUAUUAUCAGAUAAAUAGUACACUGAACCACUGAGGUGGCAAGGGUUCAUUAUCUUGAGAUUAUCAAUAAACAUUUCAUUUUUUGUUUUUACAAGACUGAAUAACACCAGUUUAAUUCCAGUGUCCUCUAAACAUUUGAAACCGUAUAGUGGUUGUAGUUAUUAUGACAAAUAUGUACAUUUCUGUGUAGGGUAAAGGUGGAGAAGGAAGUAUGUUUAUGAUUGUGUUUAGUGUUUUGAACUCCAUGUAUUCUAUUUAUGUUCCGACCUUUGUUUUGUGCAUUGUAAUGGUAUUGUCUUGUAUUUCAUAGUAUUCCAUUAAUUAUGAAGGUUUUCCUUUCUGUAUCUUACACUGAACAUCCUAGACCAAAUGAAAAUGUACAACCAUACUUAUUCUUUCACAUGAUAUGCUGAUUAGCAUGUAAAUACUGAACACUGUACAGAACAGACUGCUUAUAAUAAAGAGAGACUCUGUGGCAUGCAUUGA